GCCAGCCAUGGUUGGCACCGAGAUGCUUGUGGCCGCGGCGGUGAGCCAGGUUGCCCGCAAGAUCGGCGAACUCGUCGGCGCCGCGCAGGGCGAGGUCCAGCUGUGCUGCAAUUUCAGCGACGACCUGGAGAGCAUAAAGGACACGCUGGUGUACCUAGAAGACCUGCUGAAAAAUGCGGAGAAGAACUCCUUCGGGAGCGACAGGGCGAACCUGCGGCACUGGCUCGCCCAGAUCAAGGCCCUGGCUUUCGACAUCGAAGACAUCGUUGACGAAUACUACUCGUCCAAGGAGCAGUUUGAAGGGAGCAGCAGCUAUGCUAAGAAGGGAUCAUUAUUCUGCUCACUUUCCAAUCCGAUCAUUUCGAAAGUUAGCAUGGUUCAUAAGAUGAAAUCUAAGAGAGAGUUGCUACAGACAAGGCAACACUUACCUACUCAAUAUCAUUUCAUUUCACAUAUUAACUCAGCGGUGGAUUUUUAUGAGAAGCAAACAACAUCAUAUAGAAAUAGUGACAUUACAAUUUUUGGGAGAGAUAGAGACCUGGGAAAUCUCAUGGACAUGAUAAUGCAGAAAAGUGUCAAUGAGACUUCCAUUAUUUCUAUAGUUGGGCCUGUGGGGCUUGGGAAGACAAGCCUUGCACAACUAGUUUUCAAUGAUUCCCAAACAAAGGCAUUCAGAUUCAGGAUAUGGGUUCAUGUUUCUAUGGGUAAUGUCAGCCUUGAAAAAAUUGGGAGGGAUAUAGUUUCUCAAACUACCGAAAGAAUUGAGGGAAACAUGCAAUUGCAAUCAAUUAAGAAUGUUGUUCAAACCAUACUAAAUAAGUAUAGCUGCUUAAUUGUAUUAGAUAGCUUGUGGGGUAAAGAUGAAGAAGUGAAUGGGCUGAAGCAUAUGUUGCUUACAGGUAGACAGACAGAAAGCAAGAUCAUAGUGACCACCCACAGUGAUAAAGUUGCUAAUCUCAUGUCUACUAGUCAGCCUUACAACUUGUCUGCAUUAUCUGAAGAUGAUUGUUUAAAGAUAUUCUCUCAAAGGGCAAUGACAGGUCAUGGUGACCCACUGUUCAGAGAAUAUGGAGAUGAAAUUGUUAGAAGGUGUGAUGGCACACCCUUGGUUGCUAACUUUCUUGGAUCUGUGGUGAAUGCUCAGAGACAGAGGCGUGAGAUAUGGCAAGCUGCCAAGGAUAAAGAAAUGUGGAAGAUAGAGGAAGAUUAUCCUGAAGACAAAAUUUCACCAUUGUUUCCAUCAUUCAAGAUAGUAUAUUAUAAUAUGCCUCAUGAACUAAGAUUAUGCUUUGUAUAUUGUUCAAUCUUCCCUAAAGGAUCUCCCAUAGACAAGAAAAAACUUAUUCAACAAUGGAUUGCACUUGACAUGAUUGAGUCCAGACAUGGAACCUUACCGCUUGAUGUAACUGCUGAGAAGUAUAUUGAUGAACUUAAGGCAAUAUAUUUCCUUCAAACUGUAGAAGGGCAUCAAGUUACUGCAGAAAUAGUCAAUACUUCAGAGGAAAUGCUAUGCAUGCAUAACUUGGCACAUGAUCUUGCUAGGUCAGUUGCCGGUGAAGAUAUCCUAGUGAUUUUGGACGCAGAGAAUGAACGCAAUAAUAGAUACUGUGAUUACCGUUAUGCACAGGUGUCUGCGUCUAGCUUACAGUCAAUAGAUAGCAAGGCUUGGCCUACAAAGGCAAGGUCAUUGAUUUUCAAGACCAGUGGUACAGAUAUGGAGCAUAUUGGCGAAGUUCUUUCAGUGAACAAGUAUUUGCGUGUUCUGGAUCUCGGUGAAUGCUCUGUUAAUGAGAUACCUAGUCCUGUUUUUCAGCUGAAACAACUGCGGUAUCUUGAUGCUUCGACUUUGUCCAUUACAACACUCCCUCCCCAAAUUAUGAGCUUUAAUAAGCUGCAGACAUUGGAUCUUUCAGAAACUGAACUUAUAGAGCUGCCAUCCUUCCUCAGCAACUUGAAAGGGCUUAAUUAUUUGAAUCUUCAUGGUUGCUUGAAACUUCAGGAGUUGAAUAGCCUUGAUUUGCUGCAUGAUUUGCAUUACCUCAACCUUUCAUGCUGUCCUGAAGUUAGAACCUUCCCUGAUUCUAUUGAAAACCUCACCAAACUCCGUUUCUUAAACUUGUCGCAGUGUUCUAAGCUUCCGACAUUACCCGACAGAUUAUUGCAAUCAUUUGGUAGCCUUUGUUCUCUUGUGGAUCUGAACCUAAGUGGUUUCGAGUUCCAAAUGCUGCCUGGGAUAUUGGGCAACAUUUGUUCACUUCAAUAUUUGAAUCUGUCAAAGUGUUCUAAACUUGAGGAACUCCCCCAAUCAUUUGGCCAGCUUGCAUAUUUGAAAGCCCUAAAUCUUUCAUCUUGUCCUGAUCUUAAAAUUCUUGGUUCCUUCGAAUGCCUUACUUCUCUCCAGAUUUUGAAUCUCUCAAACUGCCCUAGUCUCGAAUAUUUGCCACUGUGCCUUCGAAAGCUCCAAAAUAUUGACGUUUCUGGGUGUCAGGAUUGUAUAGUCCAAUUCUGUUCUCAAAGCUCUGGAAGUUCCCCAUCUCAUCAACUUUCAGAGCAAGCUGAGCAAGCCAUAUUAAGUUGUGAUAUGUCUGAAACCAUUACUGAAAAUCCUGCUUCUAUUGGAGAUCUGAAAGGAAAGAAGAAAUUGGCUUCCCGCGUGAAAAAAGAAACUGAAGUUAUUACUAAGCCAAAUGAAAAUGGAGAUACAGUACAAGGGAUACCAGGACAGGUGUCCUUGCUGUCUUCAUCUUAUUCUUAUUCCUUUGCAUCGAGCUCAAGUGCACCGUUGGCCUCUGUCUCCUCUUCAGAUAUCUCAAAGAUGCAGCAUCCACUGUCUAAUGGAGAAACAACAGUUUUGACAGGUAAUCAAUGCAACGAAAACUGCCCCGAGCCACAGUGCGUCGUAGAAGAUGUGCUGAUCACUGAAGAAAGCAUAUGCUCUUCGGACGCAGCAGUUCAUCUGCAUGAAGCGGCCACUGUAGGAGACAGCGAUGACAACCACAUAAACGGAUGCAAUGGAGCAUGUCGGUGCAAUAUUCCAUGUGGUGGGAUAAACCAUGGGGUUGUUGCUCAGCAGCACAAUCAGUUCGAGGGAGAAGUGCUGAUUUGAACUGAUAGCCAACUUGGCUGUGGCGUAGGAGGGCAGACCUCUCCUUCAGGUGCUCAUGGUGUGAUAUUGGCAUGGUCGCCGCUAGAUGCCAGUUGGUUGGCCUUCUCAAUUUGGUUUGAUUUCCAUUGUUGCUGACGACAUGUAAUUUGCCACCAAUCAGCACUUAUGGGAUAAGGGUUGCACAAACCGUCUUGAGAUGUAGGUUUUCUC